UACGACAAGAUAAAAAAAAACAACAUGACGGGUGGGAAUAGACAGACUGUCCAAACGACCGCUGACACGUUUGCAUUCAAAUAUGCACUAUCGGCAAUAGCAGCAGUUGUAGCAGAAACAGCAACAUAUCCAUUUGACAUAACAAAAACAAGACUACAGCUACAAAGGGAGGGUCUGAUCGUGGGCAGUCAAUGUAAUCAUGGGACUUGUGUGCCUUAUCGUGGCAUGGUGGCCACAGCUCUCGGCAUUGUCCAAGAGGAAGGUUUGACCAGUAUUUAUCAGGGAUUAUCGGCGGCUCUUUACAGACACAUAAUUUAUACAGGUUUGCGCAUGACUUUCUAUGAAGUGAUACGAGAAAGCAUAUUAAAGAAGGAAGCCGAUGGUUCCUAUCCUGUUUGGAAAGCUUCCCUGGGUGGCCUAACAGCAGGGGCCCUUGGUCAGUUCAUUGCUAGUCCAGCAGAUCUAGUUAAAGUUCAGAUGCAGAUGGAAGGCAGACGAAGACUUGAAGGCAAACCUUCAAGAGUGAAAAAUGUUAGCCAUGCACUGAAACAAAUCAUUGCUGAGGGUGGAUAUAAAGGACUCUACCGCGGCUGUGUUCCAAAUGUACAAAGGGCAGCUCUAGUAAACAUGGGAGAUUUAUGUACAUAUGACACAGCCAAACAAAAACUUUUGAAGUGGACAACCCUUGAGGAUAACUAUGUUACACACACAAUAGCAAGUGCCAUGUCUGGUUUGGUGGCAGCUACACUAGGAACACCUGCAGAUAAUGUGAAGACCAGAAUUAUGAACCAGCCUACAGAAAAUGGCAGAGGUCUGAUGUACAAAGGCACCCUGGACUGUCUGGUGACCACUGUCCAACAGGAGGGGUUCUGGACACUGUACCGCGGCUUUGUCCCAAUAUGGCUACGGAUGGCCCCUUGGUCCCUCACGUUCUGGCUUACAUAUGAACAAGUACGACGUAUGUCCGGUGCAGGCUCCUUCUAGUAGCCAACUCUUGCUGUACUUUUUGAUGUGUGACUGAUACAACUCAGGUAGACGGUAGCCUUUCAACAUCACGACAUAUCUGUUCAAGUGCCAAACCAAAGAGAUAUUCUCUGUUGUAUUUAUCAAAAGCUUGUGGAGUAUAAGAAUAGUCUAUGGAUGUGAUAUCUUAAGCACAAUUUGGAUGCGGUUGUUAUGAUUUUAGCACAUUCCUAUAAACAACCUGUUCAACCUUGGUGUGGUAUUAUUUAUAUGCACAUUUCAUAAUGAAAGUCGAUUUUAAAAAUCUGAUUGAAUGCUGAAGUAAGAUAAACCUGACUCCUAUGACUUCUUAAGACGUAUAUAAAUAAAAUACUGACUUUUCCUGACUGUAAGCGCUGUGAAGUGUGCCCUAUAUAGAAUUGCUGCCCUCUGUACUGGAGUCUAACCUUCCAUGUAUGUAAUAUACCUUUUGUACUGACGUGUUACCUCCAAUAUAUACAAGUGCCACGCUAUUUCUACUGAAGACUAUAAUUAACUCCCAUGUAAAGAGGUGCUGCCCCUUGACUUUUGUAUUUGGUACUUACCCCCUAUAAAUAUUUACAAAAGAAAAUACAUUCAUACAACAAGUAUGUAUUCUGCAGUAAAUCUUAUACUAAGCUAAUAAUUUAGUUUCAUUUUUAAAAGACAGUUUUAAACGUUUGAAAGUUUAUUCAUCAUAUUAAAGUGUACUUUAUUUGUUUAUCUUUAAACUGUCGUUUGUUGAAGCCAUUACUUAUUCAGGGGAGUCAAAAGUCAAAUAUAAUGUCUUCCCCACUACGACACUGGAUGCUUGUUGAUUGGUGCAAGUUAUUGUUCCGUUGUCCAUCAUCUGAGUAGCAUUAACCACGUGGCUCUUGUCGAGCAGUAGAAGUACAUGCAUGAUAAUGCAAUUUUUAGUUUGACCUGCAUAUCAUAAUUUGAAGAAUUGUCAAGACAGGGUGGUAUUCGUAUAUACCCGAUAAACGAAACAUGCGUCCGUGCAGCCGGUUCUGAUUUGUUCUGUCCCUAUUUGGGUAACUAGAAGCAUUACAUACAUGUAUAUUAUACUUGUAUCUAUGAUGCGGCUCCAGUUCUCUGCUGAAAUCAUGUUGCGUCACAUUUGCUGUAUUUGACCAGGAUUUUACGCUUCAUGGAUAUUUUCGUCCAUGUUUUAGUAACAACAAGUGUUACAUUUUGAUAUUGAAAAGGAUCUCAGUAAUGUAGUGAUAUAUCAAGCUAAAAACAAGUGUUUGUCUAUAUCAGAACAACUAAGGUGCGGCUCGGAUUAUAUUUGCAUCAAUAAUAUAAAAUAGUAGGGUUGUUGUAUUGAUUUCAUUAUUCUGAUGCUGAAUUAGACCAAAGUGUUCAAUACGAAACCACCGAACCGAACAUCAGGUUAAAAUUAAUUGUUAUGACCAUAAUUGAUCCACCCUUAGUGCUUUAUUUUCCCGAUGAAUUCAUUAUGCUGGUGCUGAAUUAGACCUACAUUUGACGCUUCAGUGACCAGGUUAAGAAGAGAAACUAAUUUUUAUAUAUCGGGUUAGGAAGAAUCAUUUCGUCAAUAUAAGGGGUAACUAUAGGUGCGAUAUGGACUUUAUAGUACUGACAUUUUCAUGUUGUCAAAUACAUAUGCGCUUAAGUUAGUUUUGUGCCGUUACUGUACACAAUUGGUUUGAUUGAUUCUUUUAUGAAUAUAAUAUAGUAGAUAUUAUGGCAUUACUGUUGAUAAUUAUGAAGUAUGUAUGAUUGUGACUUGUUCAUAUCAUACUGACUUUGCUACCGAUCGGAUGAUAUUCAUGAUUGCUUCCUGUUUCGUUUGAGAAGAUUGAUUUCUACAAUUUACCUUAACUGAUUUUCAAAUUUCUUAUUUGUUUCGUACAUGACUGGGUCGUGAUAUGUUUAUGAGAUGGUAUAACGAUACUUUGUGAUCAAUUAUAAUGGGAUUUUAUCAGGGCCCCGUAUCUCCGAUACGGGGGCCCUAUAGUAAUCACUCUGUCUGUCUGUCUGUCGGUCCACAAAUUUUGU